UAUAAUGACAUCAUGUCUUGCCACCCAGAAAACUUUCAGUGGGAGCACUGGAGUUUUGAAAAUGUUGCUACCAUACUUGCUCGCCGGUUCCCUAAUAGCUUUAUUUGGGUUAUAAAGUGUUCUCGAAUGCAUCUGCACAAAUUCAGUUGUUAUGACAACUUCGUGGCGAGCAACAUGUUUGGAGCACCAGAGCACAGCACUGACUUUGGAGCUUUCAAGCAUCUCCAUGCAUUGCUAGUUAAUGCAUUCAGACUCUCUCAGAAUAUUCUGCUGUCCCAGAAAAGUGUGCAGGAUGUCAGCAAGGAUGCAAAAAUAGCUGCUUGUAAAUCACAGCCGCGGUCUGUUCCUACAACAAAUGGCUGCUCAUUCACAGAGAGAGAGAGAGAUUGUGAAUGCUCUAAUAAUUCUGCUCUGAACUUCAUUAUACCAUCUGCUGUAGGUGCAGCGUCGUUUACUUUGAUUGGCUUCAGUAAAGGCUGUGUGGUUUUGAACCAGCUGCUUUAUGAGCUGAAGGAAGCUAAAAAAGACAAGAAUACAGAUGCCUUCUUAAAAAACAUAAAAGCAAUUUACUGGUUGGAUGGUGGUCACUCGGGAGGAAGCAAUACUUGGGUAACUUACCCUGAAGUGCUGAAAGAACUUGCACAGACAGGAAUUGAAGUUCAUGCUCACGUUACACCGUACCAAGUGUUUGACACAAUGAGGUCAUGGAUUGGGAGAGAGCAUGAGAAAUUUGUACAGAUGCUUGAAGAAUUUGGUGUGGAAAUAAAUGAUCAACUACAUUUUGCUGAUGACGUUCCCUCCUUAGAUAACCAUUUCAGAGUUCAUGAAGUAUUUUGAGACUGUAUGUACAUGAAUAGUAUAUUCAUUGUAAAAGCACUUUUGAUACUGUAGAUGUUGUCAUUUAGAUUUACAACUUUGAGCAGAUGCUUUCUGAAGAGAAUACUCAGUCCUGCGUUACUGAUAGAUACUAUACAUAAAUUUCAGUAGCUUAAAAAGGAGGAUUGGGACCCCAUACCUACAACACAUGUCAUUUGAUUCCUGGAAAAAAAAGCAUUAUGAAGAACAAUCCUAUA